AUGCGAUCGUCUCAAUUCAGAAUAUUCACUCGGAAGCUCCUCACUCCGGCGCGAAAUGCCGGGUCUCCGAUCUCCAGGCCGGCCGUCGAGACCUCGCCGUCGCCGUCUGCUUCGAUUCGCUCCUCACUCAUGUCGUUCUCUACCGGUUGCGGCUCCUCCGUUGAGAAGAUGCGCCCUUCUCUUUUGAGAAAUGUAUCUUGCCGUCUCCUCAAUGCAUCGGUGCCUGCUGCUUCUGAUAGUGUCGGAGUUAGAAUGUACUCGUCCGAGUCGGGCGAGAAGCCGGACGCUGCUCCCGAGGCAUCAUCGUCGGUGGCAAAGCUCGGUAAGGAAGAGGAGUCUGUACAAGUAGAGGAUGUGAGCAAUAAAGAUUUGAAGGAAAUGAUGGAGACGUACUUCAAGGGCGAUGAAGACGUGCUUCCUGCUAUCAUGGAAUCGAUUCUGAAGAGGAGGCUGUCAGGAAAGCACGCAGAUACAGACGACGAGUUGAUGGAGGAACUUCAGAUGAAGCCAUUGGACGAUGUGAAAGAUCAGGAGUUUGAAUCGGAUUUUGAGGAUACACACCCGACGGAUGACGAGAUCGACGAUUUGUACAGCGCGAGGGACAUUGUGGUUAAGAGAAUGAUGAAAGAUGAGUACUUUAACAUGGAUGACAAGAAGUGGGACGAGAUGGUGAACGAGGCAAUGGGGCAUGGAAUUAUAAAAGAUACGAGGGAGUGUGAGGAGUUAUUGGAAGACAUGCUUAACUGGGACAAGCUUCUUCCAGAUGACAUUAAGGAGAAGGUGGAGAAGAAGUUCAACGAGUUGGGGGAUAUGUGUGAAAAUGGGGAGCUUGAGCCUGAAGAUGCCUACAAACUGUUCAAAGAAUUUGAGGAUCAAAUUGUCAUUGACUAUGGAAAGAGAAUGGAAACUGAGGGAGCCGCUCAGCUUGAUGAGACUACUGUGCCAGACAAGAAAAAAGGUACAGACGACCCACCAGGUGAAGGACCGAUUCUCAGGUGGCAGACUCGUGCAGUCUUUGCUCCUGGUGGUGAUGCAUGGCAUCCGAAAAACAGGAAAGUCAAAAUGUCGGUUACAGUCAAGGAGCUCGGCCUAUCGAAGCAUCAAUUUAGGCGGAUGAGACAACUGGUUGGCAAACGAUAUCACCCUGCCAAAGAUGAACUCACAAUUACCAGCGAAAGGUUUGAACACCGUGAAGAAAACAGGAAAGAUUGCCUGAGAACGCUCUUUUCCAUAAUUGAGGAAGCUGGGAAAGCAAACAAGAUGGCAGAGGAUGCCCGAGUAGCAUAUGUCAAGGGCAGACUGAAAGCCAACCCAGCUUUCAUGGAGAGGCUGCACACAAAGGCGGCAACACUAAGUUCUCCUGCAGUUGCCCUAUGA